AUGGGUGUUAAUGGGGUACAGAAAAGUAAGAAAAUUGACCGCACUGAUGGAAGCGUGAAUGGUGUGAAGCUGAUGAAUAAUCCGAAUGAUCAUGAUCCUUGGACGGCAUGGGCAUACACACCCAGGACAAUCACACUGCUUAUGCUUGGUGCAUGCCUUCUAGUGUGAGUUCCAGUCAGAAUUCUAGAUCAAGGAUACUCUAAUAGAUUUUCUUCAGAAAAAAGGUUUUAUCUUAAAGCUUCUCUACGGUUUCAUUAUCUUUCUUAUAUUUUCAAACCCUCACGGUGAUGAAUCCUGUCGGCCAGGGAUUUCCCUGCGUUUACCUCUAUCACAUUGCAGUCCAAGUUGUACAGAAUAAACCAACUCAAAGAUUCAGGUUUUCAAUUCCUACCUAAAAAAUCCGUCCAUCACAUUGCAGUCCAAGUUGUACAUCCUGGUAUAGCAGCACCAACAGCGUUUUCUGGUACAUCUUAUUCUAUCUGUCCUCAUCCGGAUAGAUAAAAAAAAGAAAAAAUGUGCUAUGUUUCCUACCAGAUAUUUUGUGCAUUCUAUAAUUCUGAUUUUUUUGAUUGAUUAAAUUCAUGAUAAUUUAGCGUACAAUGCUGAAACAAUCUAUAAGAAAAAGCCAACUAAUAAUGUUAUAAAGGCUCUCUAGAACAAUGACUGAAAUCGAAGAUGUGCAAUUGAAAUCAGUGAAACAUCAAGAAAGUAAACCAGUUCAGGAAACAAUGAUACGGAGUUCCAAGUGUGCCAAAUGUACGUGCACGUGCAACUUACUCUUAUUGGUAGUUGUAAUUGUUUUGCUAUCAUCAAAUCUUUAUAAAUCAGGACUGUAACACUGUGGAGACUACCUGCAGACUAAGGAACUUUGUACCUUGAAUUAAGGUUGCAUGGUUAGCAAGCAUGACGCUGGGAUGCAGUAAAGGAAGACUAGUAGAGAAAACAAGGCUUUCAUAAGCAUAGGCUCCCUUCUUUAUUCAUGUUCUUGUUUCCCUAUCGUCUCUAUGAAUAUCCUGCUCUUUGUUUACCGUCAGAUGUUUCUUCCUUACCGCUAAAUGAGAGUAUCUUAUUUGUACACAGUUGUUUAGAGGAUCUACACAUGCUUUGACAUGUGCCAGAAAAUUGAAGUUAUUUGGUAUGUUACCAGUUUAUUGAUAUGUUAAUAUCGUUCUUCUUUGAUCUAGGUUGGCCAACUAGGUAAUGUAUCACCGCUUGGAAACCUGAAUGUUUGAGUUGGUUUAUUCUGUCUAAGUUGUGGCCUGUAACAUUUCAGACUCUCUUUAACCAUGUUCAGAACCUUCUUUAAAUGGACAAUCGUCCUUGAAGUGCUUAGAAUAUGUGACUCUGGUUUAUUCUCUACAGCUAUCAACAAUUAGAAGUAUGGAAAACUAAUCUGACUUAUUUCGACUCAGAGCGAGUCUCUGUGUCUGCAGAGAACGGGUCAGAGGAAAGAACCAUCUUGAUCUGUUAGAAUUAGUGUUCACUAUAUCUUUAGCUGACGAGUGUGGUGGCAUUCUUGUAGAGCAUACCUUUGACUUACGGUUGAUUUGAAAAUUAAUAUGGAUCAGUUUAAACACGAAUGAUGCGAUAGGACAACAAUACUUGCCGUAGAUUUGUGCCAGUGUUGCGUAUUGUACUUUGUUCCCACCUUCUUGUCAUGAAAUAGGUUCUUUGCUGUGGAAUUUUUGUAACCAGCGCGAAAUUAUUGAUUGAACUAUCGGAUAAGUUUAACCCACAUCAAAUUGUUUCGUCGGAAUCUCUGCUGCGAUAUCUUUGCUACAUUUCUGUAAAAACUUGGGGGAAGAACAUAUCGAUAUCAACGUUUGUGUACUUAUUUCAGUUGGGCAAGUGGAGCACUUGAUCCAGAAAGUACUGCAUCUAAUGAUCGCGCAACUUCUGUGAAGAGGUAUGCAUCGUGUUUUAUUCCCCAAUGAACCAUGCUUGCUCAUGGCUACGACAUCUUUAUUCUCGUGCAGGGGAGUGUGGGCAAUGAUUUCCGUUUUUCUCACUUACUGCUUGCUACAAGCUCCCUCAACGUAAGUUACUACCAGAUCCUACCCUUCUUUUUCUUUUUUCGUUUUUCUUGGUCCAUUUUCAUUCGGACGAAAGAGGCCUAUGAGUCGUGUGUACAAUUUGACCCAUGCAUUGACAUUCAAGUGCCCUUAUUCUUGUUCAAGUGUCAAAGAAAGCUUAGAUCAUUUAAUUUGGAUGGUAUAGUAUCCAUUUUAUUUCUGUGAUUGUGAGUUUAUUACUCUUCAAUGUUUAAGAUGCAUCUUAAGCAGUUUUCUGUGAUUGUGAGUUUAUUCCUAUGAAACAAAACAUGGAAAACCCUUUUCCUGUUCUAUGAGUAUUCCUUAUUCUGGUUCGACUGUUUAUAUCAAACUAGUUCAGUAUGGCCUAAAGUGCAUUUCACGUGUACCGAUGGUUCAAACUAUGCAUCACAAGUUUAAGUGGAUGUGUGAAAUAAACUUAAUGAAUUUAGGAAUACCGUUCUGCUAGAGAUUGUUUGCAGUAAAUUUUUUGUGCUACUGUUAGGAUUUAAUUGUUACAAGUAGACUCUUUGAAAUCAAAAUUAACGGUUACUUUAGGCAAUUGCGAUUGUAGAUAUAUUUUCUGCUACGUCAAGGUAACUUUUAGUUGCACAAUGGUAAGUUUUUAGUAGGAAUUCCUUUACAAGUUGACCAGAAACUGGUAAAUGACUAAUAACAAUAUUUUUUAAUCUUCUUCUAGGGUGCUUAUUAGACCGCACCCUGCAAUUUGGCGCCUGGUCCAUGGGAUGGCUGUAGUUUAUCUGGUUGCACUGACCUUUUUGCUUUUUCAGGUUUGUACCUCCACACAUUUGAUUCGUGUUUGUGUUGACUACUAAAUUUCAUCUUCACCAUAAAAUUUGUUGAAGUUAUUCGUUAUUACUCUCUAAUGUUGUGUAUAUUCGACGUUUGAAAGCUUGAAGUGUUUCCAACUGUACUUGGACGUACUAUCAUGAUGAUCUAUUGAUGUAAUUUUAUAUUUUCUAUCGUCAUAUUUUAUAUUGCUUACUUCGUUAUAACUUUCUUUAUUAUCAAGAACGUUACAUUUACAAAAUGAAAAUUUAAAUAUUUAAUAUAAUUUCAUUAAUCUUAACAUUGCAUAUUUAUUUAAAAUAUGUUGUAUCCCUGCAUGCUAUUUCCAUCUCUGGAUAAUCAUGUUUCUAUAAAAUUUGCAUUCUUGUGAUUUAUCGUUCAUUUGAUUUAUGUCUUGAUUAUCAAACCUCUCAUUCUCAGAAUCGUGAUGAUGCCCGACGGUUCAUGAAAUUUCUCCAUCCAGAUCUAGGCGUUGGUACAUAUUUAGGCUGAAAAUUUCUCUGGGCUUACCAAAAAUACGUUUCUAAGAAGUUUUAAAUUUAUCUAAUCCAAAUUGUUGUCUUUGAUUUAAUGCAGAACUACCAGAAAGAUCAUAUGGAUCUGAUUGCCGUGUGUAUGUGCCAGAUAACCCUAAAAGCAGAUUUGUCAAUGUUUAUGUAUGAUGUCUUUAAUCUGAUCCCACUAAUUUUGAUUCUUGCUUCAUGCAUCUUGUAACAUUGGGGUCCUUGAGGUACUGAUAGUUGUUUAGUUUUCUCUAGGAGACUUUAUUUGAUGAAUUUGUCCUCGCUCAUAUUCUUGGAUGGUGGGGAAAAGCUAUAAUGAUCCGAAAUCACCUCCUUCUAUGGGUGCUGUCCAUAGGCUUUGAGCUGAUGGAGGUCCGACAUUCUCUAUUGAGUGACACUUUCAAUUUAAAACGUUCUAGUUAUUUAUUUUUUGAGUUAUCGCAGUUGACAUUUCGGCAUAUGCUACCAAACUUCAACGAAUGCUGGUGGGACAGCAUUAUCUUGGAUAUUUUAGUCUGCAACUGGUUUGGUAAGACAGUGAUUCUUGGAAAAAUAUUUUAAAUUAAUCUGUUCUCAGAUAUAUUGAUUUAGUAAAUAAUAUCUUCUGUAUGGAUACGUAACCGUAGUUUGAGUCAGUUCAUUUGCUUUAUAUUUUUAGCAUUUUUUAUGACAUGCGGUAGUUUUUUUAAAAAUAAACUGUGCUUAUGGGUUUAAUUUUAAAUAUACAUUGUAUCGCACGAACUUAUUCACAUUUUGAAAAAAAAUAUUUUAAUAUAUUAGCUUCUUCGUUGCUUUCAAUUUAAUGUUUUACAUUUCCUGGAAUUUAUUCAAAUGACCAAAAUUUACUACUAAUUACAUUCUUUAAGCACUUUCAAAUUUCUAGAAUGACCAAAAUGCUGAAAUGAUCUAUUUUUCCAUUUAAAAUCAGUUUUCCUUUACACAGUUGUCACGACAGGGUUGCAUUCAAUCAAACCGUUUUCUACACUAUGAAAGGCCAGACGUCUAUUUAUCAAAACCCAAUUUCGACCACGAGGAAUUCGCCUUUAAAUCAGUAUCAGGAACUUCCCUUCCUUUGUUCGUGAAAACCUUCCUGAUCCUAGUUUAUGAUUUGUUGCAGACAAUGAAUAAUUUUGUCAGACGUUUUAUAGAUCAGGGAUUCUUUAAAUUGGAUUUCCAGUCGCAUUCUCCAGAGUGUAAUGCUUUUAGGAUUGUACGUUAUUUUCAAUGUAGUUUUCUUCCAAUAAAUGUUGAACACGAAUGAUUUAGGUGUGGAAUAGAUCAGGAGUGUCUUAUGUUCUUCUGAAGAGUUGCCGGAUGGAUAAGUUGCUAGUUUGUGUAAAUUUUUACGAAAUGAAGAUAGUGUUCAAAAGCUUAAUAGAUUUCCUUUUUCUCCUAUCGUGGCUUUGUUCCUUCCAGACAGACAGUAAGAGGAACAAAGCGAGGAGAAUAAAAUCUUUGUCGGAGGGAACCAGCGGUCACAAAUCCAAAAUUGUUGAGAUUUUCAAGCUGGCAUUCAGGGAACCAGAAUCAGAAUUACUAAGGUUUUCAGACUGGUAUUCAUGGAAUGCAAGGAACCAAUGGUAUUGGUAGUAGUUCUUCAAUGUCAUGAACUCUGGUAACUUAUUAACAUAAAGAGACAUGCCCAGAGAAGCUAAGCUGACCAAGAUCUCAGGAAAAAAGGGAAACCACUGGAAAUAUUUUUGUGAGCCACUGUUAACUUAUAUGCGUUUGAGAUAGGAACGCAAUACAUGAUAGCAGAAAGGAAUGCCAGUUUGUUACUAUAGUGGACUGUGCACCGUGAAACAUGCCGGGUCUAUGAGUGUAUGCUGAUAUCAGAUGUAUAACAAGGGAAUAACAAAUUAGCCCAGAAAUAUCUGGGCUGUCAGCACAGUUUAAUCAAAUAUCAGAGAUACAUGCCAGCUCUGUUUUGUGUAUAUUUUACAUAUAUUUCUUUGUGAUGUUUUCUUACUCAUAAGUCAGGCUAUAAAUUCUGAUCUACGCUGCGUAAUUCAUGCUCUCUGGAACAUACUUAUGUUGCAGUCUAAUAUCUGUAUCCUUUUUUUCCAAUUUAAGUUUUGAUAUCCGGUACGACAUUCAACUUCAACUCAGGGAGUUGGAAAAUGAUUUGGAAAGUAAAUUUAGCAGGUUAACUACAUGGAAACUAUUGUAUGGAAAGUAAAAUUUAUAAGGUUUCAGAAAUGGAAACCUGGACAUAAGGUUCUGUUUUGCAAGAAAUAGUUUUGACGAAAGAUAACUAAUCUAUGAUUUAUUUUAAUCCACCGGGUGAAAACUAUAGUAGUCUUCUUAUUGCUUCAAUAUUCCCUUUAUUUUUCCUCAGGCAUCUGGGCUGGAAUGCGUACAGUUAGAUAUUUUGAUGCUAAAACAUAUGAAUGGGUUGGCAUAAGCCGUCAACCAAGUAUCAUUUGUAAGGUAUGUCAUCGUAGAUCCUUUUGUCUUUUAUUUUAUUUUUAUAUUGUUGACCGGAUUUUUCCUGUGGCCUUGUUUCCUGCUUAGACUACUUCUCUUAAAGGAUAUUUCCGGUUGCAAAAGCUUUUCUCUUAGAUUUAGGAGAAUUUCUGAAAUCAUUUUUCGGAGAAUAUGUUGGGCUGUAUGUCAAGAACUCGGAGACUUCUUGAUAUUUUCUCCUAUUCAUGUAUCCAUAAUGUGCCAAAUCAGUACUGUAAGAAGCAUCUACCACCAACUGUCUUAAGCAUUAAUUGUACAACCAGAGUGACCACCAAUAAUUAAGGCCAUGUAUUUAAUGAAACAUAGGCUGGUGAGAGAUGAAUAAUGGGUUGGAGUAAUAAGUUUGAAUGACUUCAGUGAGCCCAGAUUCAUACAACAUUGCUCAAUGGUUUCCUUAGCCUCUCCGAAGAAAAUGCAAAUGAUUUUCUUGUGCAUUCUCAAUUUGAAAGAAAUCACGGUAAAGUUUCUCAGCGUGGCAACAUCGAAAAUGUUUGAUCUUCUCUGUCACUUUCAAUGCUGACUGGUGAAUGUUCAGUAAACAAUUCGACUUCAGUCUUUCAGAGAUUCUUCUAACUUAGAAGUAUCAUCCUCUUAUCUUUGUCUUUGCUGAUAAAGAAUUGCUGCCCAAGGGAAACUGGCUUUGAAAUUUUUGCACUUACCUGGUAAUCUGGCCUCAAUGAGCAUAAAACCAAGGACCUCCCUGGAUCUCAAGCCACGAUCAUUGCCUACCCUAAAAGAUGCCGAAACUAUUUUGACGUUUUCUUCUUGUAUUAUGUCUUUUUCCAGAUGCAGGAAAUAGAGCAUUGAAAAGGCGGUGGGUGAAUACUGUUGUUUCUACCAUGUCUGAAGUACCUUUCUGAAACAAUGCCUGCCCAUUGAAAAUCUCUUGACGCACUCAAAGAUUGACCUGAGCAUCCCCAAGUCUCAGGGUGCAACCAACGGCUCGAUCUGAAACUAUGUCAAUAUCACCGUGAAACCAUGUGAGGAAUGGAAUAUGUGCUUUUCUCUAGUAUUCUCUUUGACAAUGCUUGCCGACCCAGAUUAUCUUGACCAAGCCUCCAUUAGGCCUUUCCCAAAGUUCUAAACUAGGCAAAUCUUGCAUCACCCACUUCACUUUUACCAUUUGUCGUCCCUAAACAAAAAAAAUACAGAGAGAGAUAUUGGAUCUUGUAAAUAAUGCUCCUAGCUAGGUUUGAGAAUCAAUCCGUUGCUACAGAAUUUGCAUUGUGAGUGAUCUAUCUCUCAACUCCAUUAUAGAUCAAGCCUUAUUUGCAUUGUUCCAACAACUCAAAUAAUCAUCGGAAUGGUAUUCUAUUCCCAUCAUAUUAGGGUCGACAUUUAGGUGUCCUCAAGUUCUAUGAUAUGAGGUUAGUAUUCGUAGUUCUUAAAUCUCUUUGCAUUGUUAUGCUCGGCUUUUCAACCCAUCCAAGGAGGAGAUUCAAUUAAUUAGAAUAAUGCUAGAACAUCUAGCAUUUAUGAGGUUUUUAUGUGGUAAUACUUUGACGAGACGUGAUCAGUGAUGAUUGAAGAGAGUGAUCAGUUCUUAAACCUUUGUUCUGCUCGACUUUUCGGCCCAUAACAUUUUCACAACUCCAUUCCUAGUACUCCGCAGGAUCACCUUAGAUAUGCCAGUUCAUCCCCUCCUCCCUCAGUUAUGGGUUAUCCUCAACGUAACAGGGUUCUAGAUUGGGCUUUUAGGAUGCUCCUUUUCUUGGCCUCCUAUUUCUAUCGUAUAUAUAUAAUUUUUUUUUAUAUCAUCACCUUCGGAUGAAAAGUGUUUGAUGGAGAGAAGUCAACCACUCAGAAAUAUGACAAGAGGUUGGAAGAACUAUGUAACAAGUUCUAUGUUUUCUGUGGUUCCAUUGAUUAAAAACAGCUAUAUUUUACAUGAAUCAUCCCCGCAUAUAUGAGUUAGAGCUCCGUAAGCUGGGCCUAGGGCAUGCUUCGGCAGACUUCUGGAGUAAGAAAUUAAUUAAUCUUUUUUUAUUCACCGUAAGCCAUAUUUUCUUGCCCAAAUCAUUCAUAUAUGUUCAUUUGAACGGCAUUAUGGUAAAUUCUCGACUACUUUAUGUUCCUUGCGCAGAAAAAUUGUUUUUUUUUUUUUUUUGCACCGUCUUUCUUACUCUUGGCUCAUCUCACGGACUGAAAUCUCGUCGACUUGUGAAGGUGAAGAGGACGCUGAGCCAGUUCACCCCUGCCCAGUGGGACAAGGACCAGUGGCACCCGUUUCUGGGUCCCUGGAGGUUCAUCCAGGUUCUGAUCCUCUGUGUGGCGUUCAUGACCGUCGAGCUCAACACGUUCUUUCUCAAGUUCUGCCUCUGGAUCCCUCCUCGAAACCCCUUGAUCACUUACAGACUGAUUCUCUGGUGGCUAGUCGCCAUACCCACCAUCCGAGAAUACAACCAUUAUCUCCAGGACAGGUUCUCUCCUCUCCUCUCUGAAUAUAUGUAUAUAUAUAUAUAUAUAUAACUAUUUUAUUUUAUUUCUUCGUAUUUUUCAUUUUUUUUACUGUGAUUAUUUUUCUUCCCCUCUUCUUGGGGCUCUAGAACACCGGGGAAGAAAGUGGGGGUCUUCUGCUGGCUCUCUCUCGCAAUCUGCAUAGUGGAGCUUCUCAUCUGCAUGAAAUUUGGUCACGGUGAGGCGAUGGCCCCGAAUAUAAUGAUUUUAUUAUUAAUUAAAUUAUUUUUGAGUUUUUUUAUUUAAAUUGAUGAUCAUAAUGACCACUCUGACCAGGGCUCUUCCCCGAUCCGAUGCCUCGGUGGCUGGCGGAUUUUUGGAUAUCCGCCGGGGCAUUCCUCCUAGUGUUCUUGUCUGUGUGGACGUGGGACAACCACAGAACUUUGACCAGAAAAAAAAUGUGA